AGGUUGCUGACACUGUGGCUGCAGUUUGCUCACAAGAUACCAACCAAACACUAGUAUUUGGAGAAAUACUUGGAUAAGCACAGUUCAUCACCCAAGAUGCCUUUCAAAGCUGGAUUAGAACUGACUGAAUUGCAGAAUAUGACUGUCCCUGAAGAUGAUAACAUCAGCAAUGAUUCAAAUGAUUUCACAGAGGUGGAAAAUGGCCAGAUAAAUAGCAAGUUUAUUUCGGAUCGAGAAAGCCGAAGAAGUCUCACAAACAGCCACCUGGAGAAGAAGAAAUGUGAUGAAUAUAUCCCAGGAACUACUUCACUGGGGAUGUCUGUCUUCAACCUCAGCAAUGCAAUUAUGGGCAGUGGGAUUUUGGGUCUUGCUUUUGCCUUGGCCAACACAGGAAUUCUCCUUUUUCUGCUGCUUUUGAUUUCAGUCACACUGCUGUCUAUUUAUUCAAUACAUCUCCUGUUGGUGUGUUCAAAGGAAACAGGCUGCAUGGUGUAUGAAAAGCUUGGUGAGCAGGUCUUUGGUACCCCAGGGAAAAUGAUUGUUUUUGGAUCUACAUCUCUUCAGAACGUUGGAGCAAUGUUGAGCUAUCUCUUCAUAGUCAAAAAUGAGCUGCCUUCUGCCAUAAAGUUUCUAAUGGGAAAAGAAGAAACGUUUUCGGCAUGGUACGUGGAUGGGCGGAUUCUUGUUGUCAUGGUGACGUUUGGUAUAAUCCUCCCUUUAUGUCUCCUUAAGAACUUAGGGUAUCUUGGCUAUACCAGUGGAUUUUCAUUAAGCUGCAUGGUAUUUUUCCUGGUAGUGGUAAGUUCAGCUUGCUUUCUUCAUUGGAUAGUCACUUACAAUCAUAGAAUCAUUAAG